GGGUAGGUGUGGCUUUGCCUUCCUGACCUGAGCCCGAUCCCAGUCGCCGUUGUCUCCCGCAGCUGCGGCCUCUCAGCCAUGGGCGCCGUUUGGUCUGCCCUGCUGGUCGGAGGAGGUCUGGCCGGAGCGCUUUUCAUCUGGCUGAUCCGGGACAAGGGAAAGAAGGGGGACGCGGAGCAGGAGCAGGAGCCGGACGCCACUCCUGGGAAGGCUGUGGCUGCGGGAGGCGAUCCUACUGGUGGCAGCGGACCGAGUCCCGCACCUUCCAGGCCCGAGCUGGUCACCAAACCAGAGCAUCUUCAAGGAAGCAAUGGAUGUUUGGUUUCAGAGACCAAAGGCCCUGGUAGCGUGCAGGAGGCAGCAUGGAGACUGCGCAGUCCUUCUGGAGAAGCUGGUGACUGUGACAAUUCAAGACAGCAUGUUCCUUUUGGACGGUUUCCGGACACAGAAUCUAUAGCUGCAUCUGUGACUGGCUACUCUGGGGGUUGCUGUGAAACUUCAAGAAAUGAAGGCCGCGGAUCUUGUGUAGGAAAAUGGGGAGUCCAGAAAGGACAAGAGACACCUGCUAACGCAGCUCCGUGUUUUGCAGAGAAGUUGCCUUCUAGCAACCUGCUCAUGGACAGAGGUAAAGAGGAAGUGAGCCUUGCACGGUUGGAUAGUCAGGACUCGGCUGACCAGGACUGGGAGAUGGUGUCCAGGCACUCAUCUUGGGGAGACAUCCGUUUGGGUGGCAGUCUUGAGGAUCCAAUGUUAAACCCAAACCUAGGAAUGGACUAUGGCAAAAACACUCUUAUGGAAACACGAGGUCGGGAAGUGGAUGUUAAAAGAAAAAGGGAAGUAGCUAAGACUUCAGGGUCUCAGGAAGUUAGUGUCAGGUUCCAGGUCCAUUAUAUCACAAGUGCUAGUGUGCAAUUCAUUGCAGUAACUGGAGACCACGAGAAGCUUGGGAGAUGGAACGCUUACAUCCCCCUCCAGUAUAGUGAGGGUGGGUUCUGGUCUCGUUCUGUCUCCCUGCCAGCAGAUACAGUGGUGCAAUGGAAGUUUGUGGUGGUAGAGAACGGGGAAGUUACUCGCUGGGAAGAAUGCAGCAAUAGGUUUCUAGAGACUGGCCAUGAGGAUAAGUUGGUUCACAGGUGUUGGGGGAUUCACUGAUUCAGUUUGCAAAGUAUUGAAGAAGCUGUUGCAGAAUGUGGAAGAGGCUAAAGUUGUGGAACACACUCAAUAAUUUAAAAUGAAGGAAGUAUAACUCCAAGUUUAACUGAGUUUGAUUUACUAAUGGCUUGCAUCUAAUGUGUAGAAGAAAUAUAUCUAUUUAUCUAUGUACCUAUAGAUAUAUAGACAGAUAAUGCUUACAGUGAGUACGGACUUUUUUCUGUGGCGCUGAUGAAUAGAUUUAUGCCAAUCCAUCCGCACUGUAGGGCUUUGUCUUCUUGGGCAGAAAGCUUGGGCAGGGGCUAAGCUUCAGCUGUGCCCUGGUCAGGGAGCACAAACGCAAACCAGCUGCACAGGGUUCAAGGUCGAGCCUUUGGGUGACCAAGGGAGUGAAACAAGCUGCAUUCAAAGAGCUGAUUUCCUCGUGCAGCUGAAGAAAUGUUCUCUUUACUACACUGUGUUUAAAAAUAGUUAACAGUGAUCAGGAAUAUAUCUGUUACUAGACGUGAUUAGGGAGGCUUGAUUUUACCUGCCUGGUAUGGUUUGAAGGCGGCAAGUGUGUCUUCGUAUUGUAAUCGAAAGCUAGUGUAGGAACAUCAGGAGCAGCCCCUGAGGAAAGGGGACAGGAAUAGGGGUGAUGUACUGCAGAGCCAGGUGGAAUGAAUGAGAGCUCUUAGUGGGCUGGGAGGUACAGAUAGGGACACCUGACUGCAGGGAGGGACACACCCCUCCUUUACCCUUGGGGCCUUUGCAGAGCCAUCUCAGGCACCAGCAGGUGGGCCGCCCGCUCCCCUCUCCUUCCAUGGCUGUCUUGGGUAACCGAAUUGCAACAGGACAGUGACAGAGAAGUACAGCAUCUUUGCUCUGAGAAGAAAUAAACAUUUGAACUUCACUAUUACAACUGAAAAAAAUAAAACCUCAGUUUUCAUAUCUUUUUUAAAUGUCUGAAUUAUUUGUCUAAGUCUUGGUACCACGAUAGCUUAGAUGUAAAAUAAAAUACUAAUAUUUUCCUCCAUUAAUAACAGACAUGGAAGAAAGCAAAUGUCAGGAGGCAGAGAAGUCUGUUUUUCCCCCUUUGAAGACAAAGUUUAUAAUAUUUCUUUCAAAACUGUACCUUUGGAGGGAUAUUAUUCAUGCCUGUACUUGAAAAUGAAUUCUUACAUUUUAAAACAACUUUUAAAAAGUGGAACAUCUUUUGGUGAAAUAUUGUUUAAUUUUGGUUAUAGAUGCACUUUGCAG